CAUCUUGAUCUAACAUCUGAAUUUAGGUGAUACACAAAGAAAAGCUAUCGUCGCAGGUGAUUAAUUGUCGCGACGUCACUUUCUAAAAUGUUUAAAAUUACCGUUUUGUGUGCCUUAAUGUAUUCAGUCGCUAGCUCAGCAGAUAGAUUACACUUUGAAGUAGAGUUGAAAAAUGUUAAAAAACUGUCUCGCUUCUGGACGAAUACUGGUUUCUGUCCACCGGCUCCCACUGACGACUCAUCCUCUUUAGCCGAGUUUUUUCUCAGCGAAAAGUCCAUGCUAAAUCUGGAAUACAUUUCUGCGUUACCAAACAACGGUUUAAAAUCCGUUCGGAUUCACUGGCUCAUCAAUCUUAUCAAAUUUGUUGGUCUUGAUGAUCAUCACGGUUUUCAGUACGAUUUUACAAAUUUAGACAAAGUACUGGAUCGUUUAACUGAAAUGCGACUAUAUCCGGUUAUCGAAUUCAUGGGGAAUCCUUCGAAUAGGUUUUUCAAUCAAAAAAAUUUCUCGCAAACGCAUUUGUGGAGAGAUUUGGUCUAUCAGAUGUUGAGUCGAUAUAUACAACGAUAUGGACUGUCCUCCAUCAAAAAAUGGAAGUUUGAAACCUGGAACGAACCUGAUCUUAGACAAUACAACACAUUGAAUUACACUCUUGUUGAUUACGAGGACUACAUUCAUGGUGUUCGGGAAGGUCUUGACAAUGCCAGUGUAACAUACAAUAAUCAUAGGUUUCUACUUUACGGACCAGCCGGACUUUUCAAAAAUACCGAAACGCAUCAUUUGUGUUGGGGAAUCAUUGACAAAUGCAAUUCAAAUUUGAGUCUGUGUCCAUUCGAUCUUAUAUCGUAUCAUCGUAAGGGCGAGGGAAAAGCGGCAGAUAUUACAGACGCAACAUUGGAUCUGUUGCUGAACAACAUUUAUGUUAAAUUUCCGAAUUUGAAAACUAUGAAAAUAUCCAACAGUGAAGCAGAUCCAACAACCGGUUGGUCGAAACCAUUACCUAUGAAUGCAGACGUUAGAUAUGCCGUCACUUUAGUCAAUAUCGUUCUACUGCAUUGGAAUGCGAAAUAUCAUAACAUUUUACCGACACUCGAUUCAAUCAGUCACGAUAAUGCAUUCAUAAGUUAUCAUCCGUACGAGUUUUACCAGCGAACAUUACUGGCUCUGUUCCAAUUGAAUAAUACAAAUCCAAUAGAAACGCAAUUCAUUGAAAAGCCUGUGUAUGCAGCCAUUGGUAUGCUGGGUAAUCUAGGUGCGUUUGCAGGAGAUUUAAACAAUAAUUCCGAAAAUGGUACGAUGGCACUCUGGACAGUUUCACAUCCUAAUGAGUCGCUAUUUUUGUGCGGUAUCAUCGCUGCGGAAUCGAAAUUAAUGAAUGAUCGAUGGAAAGUAGUUGAUGUUAAUGUUGCGAUGAUUGUAACCGAUUACAAAUAUGAUGAUGCGGAAAAGUACGUUGGUUUGAUCGAGUAUUUGGAAGGCAAUGUUACCGAUCCAGUUUCUUUAUGGAAAUCAUUUGGCAAACCAUCAUAUCCAAAUGCAGCGGAACGACAAAUUAUGAGAAAAUCGCAGGGUCCUCAUAUUUUAAAGACUGCAUCUAUACAUCGAAACAACAGUCAUCUAUCGCUACAUUUCAAUGCAAUUAUCCAACAACCAUGGAUAAUUUCAAUUAGAAUCUGCGGUGAACAUCAACCCAAACCCAGUCAACCAAAAAACUUGCGAAUCCGCAAAGUGAAUGAUAACGAGGUUGUGCUCUUCUGGAAGGAAAAAUUCACCAAGUCCAGAUGCACAAAAAAUUUCGAGAUAUUUUUUUCGCCUGAGAACUGGAACAAGAAAUGGAUCAAUCUGACCGCCAAACAGCAUGUUCCAUUCUUGUCGUAUCACUUUGCACCGGAUGUGAACAAGAGCAUAACAGUUCGUGGACAGUACAAAGUCAGAGGUGUUGAUGUGUUUGACCGGAAAGGAAAAUUUUCGUCGAUCGAAAUUUUUUAAUUGGAAUUGUGUCUGCUAUCGAAAUAUAUUCCGAAACCUGCUGUGUGUGUGCGUACCAUAUAGAUAUUCAAUUUAUAAUCUCAAUUACGUUGCAAUAAUAA